AUGGCAUCCGAACAAGAAAACGGCAUUGAUGUUGACGAGCUCGACUCGGCUGCCGUCGCUGCCGCCAUGGGCUUUUCUAGCUUUGGCGCACAAGUUCCGCCAAAUAAGAAGCGGCGGUUCAAUCCCCAGGCCGACGCCAUCGUCGGCACACCACGCGACGGCCGCCCGCCCGCACGUUUACCGCCGAAUUCGUCAGGCACUGGUGCUAACGUGACAAGGCUGACCCCACGACCAGCAAAGACAGUUGCGCCUUCGCCAGACAUGACAACGUCAAGUAGCCUUCCCCUCGACCCUCCCCAGGCCGGCAGCGCAAAACCGUCCAUGAAACUGCCGCCGCCAACGAACGUCAUCAACACGGACGAGAUUGACCUCGACGAUGCGGAGGAAGACGGGCAGGAGGACCAGGACACAAGCGGCGGCGUCGACCUCGAGACCGACACAUACGCAGACGGAGAAGAGCCGGGUCCACAAUACCUUGAUACCUCAAGACCUAUUGGUGAGGUACGAGAUCAUCUCGGUGAGCCAGACGGGCUUGCCGGGGAUGCUGAAGUAGAUCCGGCCAGGCUCCAAGCCCGGAUUGACGCCGUUGUGGCUGCCGGUAAUGCCACCUAUGGAGUGCCACCUGCUGCAGCCGCCGCCGCAGCCAAUCCGCAGCUGGACGGCGCGGCCCACUCGACUGGCCCUCACCGCCAUGGAUGCAUACGCCCCGGUGACCGGCACGGAUUUAACCUCGACCUAGUGCCCGGUGUUGGCUCACAGGUCAGUGCUCGAGAUGCCGCCGGCAACGAGGAUGCCGACUCGCGGAUGGACGAUGGCUCGCCCCAAUUUGGUUCGACGGACAGCCGUGGUGAGUGGCAAGGCCGCGGACAAGGGCAAGGGCGGGGCGGUCGAGGACCUGGUCACGGCCACGGCCACAGCCACGGCCACGGUCACCAGCGGGACUGGUGGGCCGGCUACUAUGACCUCACCAGCAACGAGAACCCCUGGGCCCGUAUUGAGGACAAACUGGGACUUCCGCCAUGCGGCGGCAGUUGGCUCAGACGGGGCCAUGCCCGUGCUGGACAACCAUGA